GCAUAGGCAGCUGCCCAACGCUGGUGGCGGCGAGCCAGCGAAACCGUCCCUACCGACCUCACGCUGCUUCGGCUGCCCUCUCGUGGUCUAGCUCGCCGCUCGCGCCUCUCAAGAAGGCGGGCAGCAGCAGCAGCAGCAGGGGCCGGUCUCCAGCAGGAGCAGGCGGCCUCUCUAUCUCUAGCAGGCCGGCAGUGGCAGCGGCAGGUGCAGGGCAGGGGCCUCUCUCUCCAGACUCUUCGGGCUCUCCAACAACAACAGGCGCAGGGCAGCAGCCAGCAGCAGCAGGGUAGGGCAGCAGUCAGCGGUAGGCAGGGUUGGUGGUCUUCUAAAUGCAACUACAGGAGGGCGGAAUUGGGGGACCGCAUCCAGGGGCGAGCGGCCGGCGGAGCGCUGGCUUCGAGCGGCCGGUGGCGCGCUGGGCUGGAAAAUUUCAUCUCCCGCCUGUAAAAUUUUCACCCCGCGCCUCUAGUCCCGCCAGUAAAUCUCUUCUCCCCGCCUCUAGUCCCACCUGUAAAUUCAAACCAUAUAAAUACGUGGAAUCUUUAAGCCUAACUUCAUUUCUCAAAUCCAUCUCCGUCUCCUGCCGCCAAGCCCUUCCUGCCGCCUGUCGCACACCAUCCGCAACUCUCCGCCGCUCCCACGCACAUCGCGCCGCCACGCACCUCGUGCCUCCUGCUCUCCAGUCCCCGCACCCCUCUUCCUCGCUUGUGCCGGGCGUGGCCCGCGCCUGGGGCUCCUACGCACGGUCGUCCGUGCGGUGGUGGCGGCCUAGACCGCACCCCUCCUCCUCGCCGGUGCGCACGAGUAGAGGAGGAGCACAGGUCUGGAAAUGAGAGGACUGGUGCUUCCUUCUGGGAAUUGGUGGCAUCCCUUGCUAGCAGCAAAGAUGCCUCCUGGUCGUGGGAAGGUUGGAGUAAAAAAUCCAAAAAGAACUCAGCUAUCGGAACCACCACCAUUGCAUCCGUACGAACAGAAGCGCCUGAUGCAAUGUAUGCAGAACAAUGCAAGGCUAGAAGAGCUAGAAAUUUAUGCUUUAAGUCGUGAGCUUGAAGAACCAAGUUCCAUUUCUCAUAAGAAGAAUAAGCCAAGUCAUAAAAAUACUGAAAACUACAAGAUGACACUGAUGAUGAUAAUGCUAAGGACUCCAAACAACGUAACAUUACAACUGCCUACAAGUCUGUUGGUGCAAUCAAACUUCGCUCUAAGCGAGUUCUUGUAGAGCUAGAAUGUACCAGAAAUACAAGAUCAAAAAAAGACUCACAGCCCAAGUGGAUGCAACUCUUGCACAAAGUGUCAAUAUUGAUGGCCACAAUCAGGCUACAGUUAGAGCUGGUGGCCUUACGCACUUGGAUGAGAACACCCACGUCGCCGAUGAAGGUCAUGUUGUUGCUCCUCUUGGUGGGCAGAACUAUGCAUGCAAUGAAGAUAAUGGGCAUGUCCAAGCUGAUGGCAACAUGACAAAUGGAGAUGAAGUUGAUGAUGACAACAACCAGAUGCUCAGUGAAGAUCUACAACUAGGUGAAAAUGAUUGAUGGGAAAGGGGAACCAAUAUGGGACAUGGUCUAUAUAGGAUUAACCGAGCUUUGUGUGGAAAGUUGCAAGUUGUCAUUCCUGAAGGGAAGAUAAGGCCGAUGGCACCACUUGUUGCUGCUAAGUUUGCAACUGAAUGCAACAUUGCAGUUAGAAAUCAUGUGCCGGUGUUAAAGCAUUGGAAGGAAUACAAGAAAAAACAGGGCCUAUUUAAAGUAUUUACAGGAAGACUUAGUGCAAAGUUUGACAUCAACAUGAGUGACGCUUCAGUUCAAAAUGGUUGUAACCAAAUGAUGAAGAAUGCAGUUUGGCAACAACGACAUCGGCUCAAGAAAAAGUACUUUAAUCCUUUUCCACUAAAUUUGGUGCCAAAAACAUCUCCAAUCAGAUCGAUGACUGAUCAAGAGUGGAAUGAACUUGUGGAAUAUUGGAAAACUUCAAAAGGAAUGGAGAUAUCUCAAAAGAAUAAAGAGAAUCGAACCCAUGUUAUAUACCAUCAAACAACCGGCUCUCGUAGUUACCAAGUUCAUAUGGAAAAUUUGGGAGAUAAAUACAAUGACCAAGAACCUGAUGCAUUGGAUUUGUUUAAAGAGUGCCACUAUAGCAAGAAAAAGAAAUGCUACUCAUCUAAUGUGCAGCAAGCUAUAACUCAAAUGGAAAACAAGUUGUCUACACCAGCAGAAUGUGAAGAACAAAUGUCUGUGAUAAAAGUUGUAGCAGACGUUCUUGCUGAGAAUACAAGGAAGAAUUUGUUCCUUCAAAAUGUGGGGAUACAAAAUUCUUGUCCUAGGUCUAGUGUAAGAAAUAUUGCAGCACAACUUGAAGCGGAGAAGAGGGAAAAUACAGACCUUCGAUCUGUUGUCAACACCCAAUGCGAGCAACUUGAUGUGUUGUCAAAACAAAUGCAGGAAAGAGAAGAGUUAAGGGUUAGGGAGCAAGAGGAGAUGAAGAAGAGGCAAGUUGAGAUGGAAACAGACAUGAAGAAGCUUCAACUUUUUUUAAGUAAAAUUCAACCAAGUUAGCUGAAUUGGAUGGUCUGUGGCAAGUCAGAUUUGACAUAGCUUUUGUUGAAACCUCUUUUGUUGAAGUGGAAACAUUCCAUUCUGGUUUUGGUGCUUCAUCAUGUGUGGCUCAUGCUGUAAUAUUUUGUUGUUUGUGUGUUGAAGUAACAUUGGACACCAAACAUGAUGUUUGUGGUGCUAUAUUAGAUGUAUGGUUGAAGUAAUAUAUUAAUUUUCUA